AUGGCCGCCGUCGAAAAUGGCCACACUAACGGCCUGAAUGGCCACAACUUGCCUUCGACGAGCUCUCUGUCUGCACUGCGCUUCUCGGAUAUUCCCGAUGCCAUUGAUAUUCCUGCCUCCAGCUUCGACAGCGAAGUCGAAGUCAGCCUCCUCGAUCUCCCCGAAGACCCGACCGAACUGUGCACCCUGUUAGAAAAUGAACGAGCUGCAAAGAAUUUCUGGGUAAUUAUUGCGCUCGCUUACGCGAAACAAAAACAGAUUGAUCGUGCUAUCGAUAUCCUCAAUAAAGGCCUCGCGUCCGUCGCCCACGGCGCUAACAAGGAAAAGCUCGGACUUCUGGGUUGGAUCUGCUGGUUGCAGAUGCUGAAGGAACGGCAAGCCCCCCGUGUAGCCUCUGAGGGAGAACUAUACUCGGAAGCUAAGAUCAAGGACCACUAUAUCCAGCUGAUCACUUCAACCUUGAACGAGGCCUCGCGAAUCAAUCCCUCCUAUCCACCUCUUUUCCUGGCGCGUGGUGUCCUGUCUCUUCUUCGAGCAUCUCUCUAUGCGCCUCGAGCUGUUCAGCUAGGCUCUAUUGAUACCUCAGAGCGAGCAACAUCUCUGCGGCAAGCAGUCCAAUCCUUUGAGGAAUCUUCCAGAUACUCUCGUGGCCGAAAUAUCAUGGCCAUCAUGGGACUUGCUCGUGCAAAAUACAUGCAGGGCAAGUAUGCGGAAUCUUUGGAAGGGUAUCAGAAGGUUUUGAUGCAAAUGCCGUCCCUCACAGACCCCGAUCCUCGAAUUGGCUUGGGAUGCUGCUUGUGGCAGCUUGGCUUCAAAGAUCAAGCCAAGGUAGCUUGGGAAAGAUCCUUGUCAUUGAAUCCCGAGUCUAAGGUUGCAAACGUCCUGCUUUCGGUCUACCAUCUUUACCAUAGCUCUCGCCAACCGUUGACUGAUCCAUCGUUUGGCUCUCUGUAUCAUGAAGCCAUAACUAAAUACAACGAAAAGGCAUACAGAUUGGACAGGGAUUAUCCCAUGACAUGCGCAAUCUCUGCUGGUUACUUUCUUGAACGCAAUGCCUACCCCGCCGUUGAAACCCUCGCUCGCAAAGCCAUUGAAAAUACGGAUGUCAUGGCUAUUGCUAGUGAUGGCUGGUACCUUCGUGGCCGGAAAGCGCACUAUGAGGGCGAUCCUCUUGCUACUGAGUUCUACAAUCGUUCAGAUCUAGCCCGUGGUGGUGUCGACAAGGGGUAUUUCCCAGCCAAAUUCGCUGCUGUACAGCUGCAGAUCGCAAACAAGGAUUUAGAUGGUGCCAAGUUCCGACUAGAAAAGAUUGUCCAGAACUCUAAAAGACCUGAGGCAAUGAUGCUGUUAGCAGCGCUUCUUGCAGAAGACGUUUUUGCUGCUCAGCGAUCUGGGAGUAAAGAGGACAAGUCAACCGAAGCGAGUCGGGCCAUUAGCCUGUUGGAAUCGGUACGCUCGAUGUGGAAGGAUGAAAAGCGGCAGGUGGUUCCAGACGAAUCAGUCCUGAUAUACCUAUCUCGUCUAUAUGAGACCACAGCCCCCGAUAAGAGCAUGCAGUGCUUGACCCAACUGGAGCAGAUUCAGAUCGACUGUAUCCCUAAGGGUGCUCGCCCCGAAGGCAUCGAAAGCGAGGAGGAGAUGAGGACUGCACUUCGAGAGCUCCUUCCGCCUCAACUUCUAAAUAACAUGGGCUGCUUCCUGUAUCAAAAUGACAACAUCGCCUUGGCUCGUGGCAUGUUCCAGUCCGCACUCAAUGCUAAUGAUAAGUCAGAGCGAGAUGACAAAGACUCGCUUCGUAUUACUAUCACAUACAAUUUGGGCCGAACUUUCGAGGCUGCAGACAUGAUGGAUGAAGCCAAGCAGGCCUAUGAGAGUAUUUUGGAACAGCACAGCGACUACACGGAAGCCAGUGCCCGGCUAACCUACAUUGCUCUCCGUCAGAGCCCUACAGAUGAAGGACCCAAGAAGAUGGCUAAACUGUACGAGACAGAUUCAUCCAACUUGGAAGUGCGCGCUCUCUUCGGUUGGUAUCUCAGCAAAUCCAAGAAGCGUGUGGCGAACCUUGCAGAGGACCCCGAGCAGCGCCACUUCAAGCACACUCUGCAAUACCAUGACAAGCACGAUCGCUAUGCUCUGACUGGAAUGGGUAACGUGCACCUCAUGUCGGCCCGUGACAUGCGCCGCGACACCGACCAGGAGAAGGAAAAACGUCGAAAGAUCUAUCAGCGUGCGGUAGAAUUUUUCGACAAGGCUUUGCAAUUAGAUCCUCAAAAUGCUUAUGCCGCCCAAGGCAUUGCCAUUGCUCUUGUGGAUGACAAAAAAGAUUUUGCCACCGCUCUACAGAUUCUCACCAGGGUCCGAGAGACAGUGAAGGAUCCUAGUGUUUAUCUCAACCUGGGACAUGUCUACGGCGAGCAACGGCAGUAUUCACGAGCUAUUGAAAACUACGAGGCCGCUCUGUCUAAGGACCGCGCCCGGGAUGUGCAGAUUUUGGCCUGUCUCGGUCGUGUAUGGUGGCUCAAGGCGAAGCAAGAGAUGAAUAUGAUGGGUAUGAAGACUGCCUUGGACUACGCACUGCGGGCACUGUCAGUCUCUCCUGAUCAGCUGCAUCUACAAUUCAACGUGGCUUUCGUACAGAACCAGAUCGCAUCACUGGCAUACGGUUUGAAGGAAACUCAAAAGACAUCUCAAGAUGUACAGGAGGCGGCUGAUGGCCUCAAAGAAGCCAUCGAGACCUUCGAGCGUCUCGCUGCUCUUGAGCAACGUGCCAACAUGGGUCGUACCAUCAGCAAGCAACUGGACCGUGCCAUGCAGAGCCAAACAGAGUAUGAGGAGAAGAACGCGACCAAACUGCGCGAGGCACGCGAGAUCCGGGAUGCAGCCAUAAAAGUGCGCGAGGAAGAGCUGCGCAAAGCCCAGGAAGCCGAACUCGAACGCAAGCGAAAGCUGGCAAAGGAGCGAGAGCAGAUGCUCGAAGAGACUCAACAACUUGCUAGAGACCGCGCCGAAGCCGAGCGUGCCCGUGAAUUAGCCGAGCUCACCGAAGACUCCGAGACUGGAGAAAAGGUCAAGCGCAAGAAGAGGGCUUCUACCAAGCGCAAGAAGAAGGACGAUGACUUCAUUGCAGAUGAGGAGCACGAGCAAGAACGUGAUCAAGAGCGUGAUCAAGGCAGUGCUGAGCCGGAGAGCGACACCGAAGCACCGAAGAAGAAGCGUCGUCUGGAGCGUCGCUCUACGGCCGGAACUGGGAAAUUCAAGAGCAAUGAGCGCGUUGUUGAUUCUGAUUCGGAUGAGGGUGCUGAUCCUGAGACCAGCCAGCCUAGCCGCUCUACUGGAAAAUUCAAGAGCAAUGAGCGCGUUAUUGAGUCUGACUCGGAUGAGGAGUAG